CUGGUCCUGAGAACUGGAGGGCAGAGCAACUCGCACAGCAGACUCCUGCCUGCCUGCUUCUCAGCGCCCUGCCCACCCCUCCUGAUCCCUGGCCUCCAGCUGGCUCCCAUGAAACCACCGAAGGCAUCCCAGCAUUUUAGAAGCAUUCGGAGAAACGCCAACCAGCACUACUUCUAUCAGGAGUCCCUGCUGCUCAGCAACUUGGAGGACAGCUUUUCUGCCGAUGAAACGGGGGACAGCCAUGACCCAGAACAAAUCUUCCAGAACAUACAGUUCCAGAAAGAUCUCAUGGCAAACAUUCGCUGUCGACCCUGGACCAUGGGGCAGAAGCUGAGGGCGCUGAGGAGAGCGAAGGACAUUGUGCUGAAGUUUGAAGGGCGGUUGACCAGGACUCGAGGCUACCAAGCAGCCAGUGCAAAGCUGUGGCGGAAGUUUGCUCGUCUGGCCUGUAACUUUGUGGUCAUCUUCAUCCCCUGGGAAAUGAGGAUAAAGAGAAUCGAAAGUCAUUUUGGAUCUGGUGUUGCCUCUUAUUUCAUAUUCUUGAGAUGGUUAUUUGGAAUCAAUAUUGUGCUCAUGAUUAUGACAGGUGCUUUUAUUGUUCUUCCAGAGCUCAUUGCAGGCCAACCAUUUGGAAGCACAGCCAGCAAGACCAUCCCCAAGGAGCAUAUUGCAUCUGCCCAAGAUCUGGACACCGUUUGGUCUCUAGGGGGUUACCUCCAGUACUCAGUCCUCUUCUAUGGCUACUACGGCAGGGAGAGACGGAUCGGGAGAGCUGGCUACCGGCUGCCCUUGGCCUAUUUCCUGGUGGGGAUGGCGGUGUUUGCUUACAGCUUUAUCAUCCUCUUAAAAAAGAUGGCUAAGAACUCCCGCACGAGCCUCGCCAGCGCUUCCAGUGAAAACUACACAUUCUGCUGGCGGGUGUUCUGCGCUUGGGAUUACCUCAUUGGCAACCCAGAGGCGGCCGAGAGCAAAACCGCAGCCAUCGUGAACAGCAUUAGGGAGGCUAUACUGGAAGAACAGGAAAAGAAGAAAAGCAAAAACCUGGCAGUGACCAUCUGCCUGCGGGUCGUGGCCAACAUCCUGGUGCUUGUCUCACUUGCUGGGAGCAUCUAUCUCAUCUACUUCGUGGUGGACCGGUCUCAGAAGCUGGCACAGUCCAAGAAGGAGCUGACACUCUGGGAGAAGAACGAGGUGAGUGUGGUGGUCUCCCUUGUCACCAUGCUGGCACCAUCAGCCUUCGACCUUAUCGCCGCCUUGGAGAUGUACCACCCACGAACCACACUGCGCUUCCAGCUGGCAAGGGUCCUUGUACUCUAUCUGGGGAACCUCUACAGUCUGAUCAUCGCCCUCCUGGACAAAGUUAACAGCAUGAGCAUUGAGUUCAAGGGCACAUCUGAAGGCCAGGUAGAAGAGCGGAAUGUGUACAGUCUUCCUAUUUCAACCAUCAGCAAACUGAACGACCAUGCUGAUAACUCAGAUUUCUACAUCUUGCAGCAGAUCUGUAGAGCUCAAGGUCUGCCGUCCAUCAGCGCCUCCAAGCCGCGGCCCUCCUGCCGGCGCCGCGCUCACCAUUUGCCGGGGCCGGGCGGGGACGAUUCCCCAGCGCGACUCCCCGAGGUGACGGGACUACCUGCUCCUCGAGCCCGGGCGCCCUCAGCGCAGCCUCCGGCUCCGAGCGUAUUGGCUCGCGCUAAUCCUGAUAGACAUCCGGGCACUGGGGCCUCUGCAGGCGCGCUCCACUCCGGACCGGCCGGGGGAGCGUCGCGUCCGAAGCCGAAAGCGACCGCGAUCCCGGCGGGCGACUCCGGAGCAAGGGACGCCGCGCGGGUUCCCUCGGCGCCAAGCCCACCAACGCGCAGCUCCCGCCGAGCGGCGCUGACACGGCGGCCCGCGUUAGCAAGGGAAAAGAAACCGUCCUUGGGCUCACCUCGAGUUGUCCGAGUUCGCGCGGACACCCCCGCCCACAAAGUUCUGGUGGUACGGCCCGACUCCUUAAAAGGGCAGGGCGCUCGGCCGGGCGAGCCCGAGGCUGUGCCGGGCGGGGGCGCCGAGCCCCGACGCAGCCCAGCUGGCCCGCUCGCAGCCGAGCCCCGCCUGCAGGCUCCUGGCGACCGCUCUCCUGCCAAGGUUUUAACAAUGUACACACACGGCCGGAACACUCAAUACCCCGGCGCUCCGAACUCCAGCCGCGGUUUGAAUCAGUGUUGA